AUGUCUGCUUUGCGAUUGAGAAUAAUUGGUUAUUCCACAUUAUGUUAUAAGAGGUUAUUAUUUAAUUCGAUAAAUCAUGGCAAAUGCCUUUCUAGCCUCUCUGCUUGUAAUACAACCUUUAAGCAGCAGACCGGCUUGUACCUACAAAAUUACCACCCAGUGAGAUACUUCAGUGCUGCUGUAGAGAAUCAAGCUGAAGCUCCUAAAACUACCUCAUCCAAAUCAAAAGAGACAUUGAAAGGAUCAUCAGAAAAACGUGAAUUCCAAGCUGAAACUCGUAUGCUACUUGACAUUGUAGCUAGGUCUCUAUAUUCUGAUAAAGAAGUUUUUAUCAGGGAGCUGAUCUCAAAUGCCAGUGAUGCAUUAGAAAAGUUCCGUUAUUUGAAUGUCAGCUCAGCUCCAGAUGCUUCGAAACUGCUUGAGACAGACAGACCUCUAGAAAUCAGACUAUCCACUGAUAAACAAAAUAGAACACUAACUUUCCAGGACAGUGGCAUAGGUAUGACAAAAGAUGAGCUGACUCAAAAUCUAGGAACUAUUGCCCGCUCUGGUUCCAAGUCUUUCAUUGAAGAGAUCAAAAAACAGGGCAAAGACCAGGCCAACUCUAUAAUUGGACAGUUUGGUGUGGGCUUCUAUUCUGCUUUCAUGGUGGCUGAUAGAAUUGAAGUUUAUACCAGAAGCAGUGUUGAAGGGUCUCAGGGCUACAAGUGGCAUUCAGAUGGAUCUGGAGUUUAUGAAAUUCAAGAAGCAGAUGGUGUAGCCAUUGGAACAAAAAUAGUUGUUCACCUAAAGACAGAAUGCAGAGAAUAUGCAGAUGAUGAAAUAGUUAAAAAUAUCAUUAAAAAGUACAGCAAUUUUGUGAGCAGUCCUAUCUUCUUAAAUGAUGAACAAGUCAAUCAGAUUAAGCCUCUCUGGUUGAUGGAGCCAAAAGAUGUAACACAUGAGCAACAUGUUGAGUUCUACAGAUAUAUCAGCCAGUCUUAUGACAAGCCGAGAUAUACUCUACACUAUAAGACUGAUGUUCCACUCAGUAUCAGAGCUAUACUGUAUGUCCCUGAAGGCAAACCAGGACUGUUUGAACUUUCCCGCGACUCUGACGUAGGCGUAGCAUUGUAUUCCAGGAAGAUUCUCAUCAAAAGCAAGGCUGAGAACAUAUUGCCAAAGUGGCUAAGAUUUGUUAAAGGUGUUGUGGAUUCCGAAGACAUUCCAUUGAACUUAAGUAGAGAGCUUCUACAAAAUAGUGCUCUUAUUGUAAAACUGAAGACUGUGUUGACCAACCGUUUCCUUAAAUUCAUGAUUGAUACAUCCAAUAAAAAUCCAUCAGAAUUUCAAGCAUUUUACAAAGAAUACUCUAUAUUCCUGAAAGAAGGAAUUGUUACUAGUCAGAGUGCUAUUGAAAAGGAGGAAAUAGCUAAACUGCUUAGGUUUGAGUCCUCAAAACUACCAAAUGGACAAAGAACUUCUCUCAGUGAGUAUGCAACAAGACAAAAGGAAGACCAGAGAACAAUCUACUAUUUAGCGGCACCUAGUCGCGAACUGGCUGAAUCUUCACCAUACUUCGAGUCACUUAAGAAACGCGACGUGGAAGUAUUAUUCUGCUACGAAAUGUAUGACGAACUUGUACUAUUGGAACUGAAGGAGUUUAACAACAGGAAACUCGUCUCCAUCGAGAAUGACAUGCAAACUAAGGCUACAGAGGAAUCGGAUGAUAUUAUUGGCAGUGACGCCCUACAGCAGUCUCAAGUGGAUGAAGUUAUUUCCUACCUAAAGUCUCAUUUAGCUGGCAAAAUAUUUGAUGUGAAAACAACAUCGAAGUUGGAAACACAUCCGUGUGUUAUCACUGUACAAGAAAUGGCAGCAGCUCGACACUUCAUUCGCACUCAAGCUCAAAAUCUCAGUGAAGAAAACAGAUUUGCGCUUCUAAGGCCACAUCUAGAAAUAAACACAAAGCACCCUAUAAUCAAGAAACUUCAUAAACUGAUGUCAUCUGAUCCAGAAUUAGCCAAAAUGAUUUCUGAACAACUGUUUUCAAAUGCCAUGGUCACAGCUGGACUUAUACUGGACCCAAGGAAUUUAAUUGUUCAUAUUAAUGAACUUCUAGUUAAAGCUUUAGACAAGCAUUAG